CUCGAUUUGUUUGUUUCCCUUUUUCUCACUAACCAAACAGCCCCUUACAUGAUUUCUCACCGUCAAAGUAACGCAUUUGUCAUGCCAAACACUGUUCACUUGCCAAUGCCGUCGUCUUGUACCCCUGAAGAACCAUAAAGUAACGAUUUUGAAAUGAAUCACGUCGCCGAUACAUAUGGGGCCGACCAUUAAGCAAUACACUCCUUGAAUCCUGAGGUGGGUUUCUCCAUUUUGGGUGAUACGGGGGUUGUUGGAAUUCAAGGAUGGAGGAGGAUAAGUAUGCUAAAGAGUUGGAGGUUGCUGUCAGGAUUGUGCAUAUAGCGUGUUCACUGUGUCAGAAAGUGCAAAAAGGCCUGCUUUCCGCCAGUAAUGAACAGGUUAAAUCUAAGGACGAUGAUUCUCCUGUUACCGUAGCAGAUUGGAGUGUCCAAGCAGUUGUUAGUUGGUUGCUUUCAGAAAUCUUUGGGGUUCAAAAUGUGUCUAUUGUAGCUGAAGAAGAUGUUCAAACACUCUCCAUGUCUGAUUCAUCAAAUCUACUGACGGCUGUAGUGAAUGCUGUGAAUGAAUGCCUAGCCGAAGCAGCAAAAUAUGGUCUUCAGUCUCCCAAUAAAGCACUGGCAGCUUCACAGAUUUUUGAAGCUAUCAGUCAAUGCAACUCAACUGGGGGCCCAACUGGAAGGCAUUGGGUACUUGACCCUGUUGAUGGAACUUUAGGAUUUGUACGUGGGGAACAGUAUGCUAUUGCUCUGGCCUUGAUUGAGGGAGGAGAACUUGUUCUUGGAGUUCUUGGUUGCCCUAAUUAUCCAAUGAAGGAGUGCCUAAAUUACCACCAAACCAUGUCAGUCUCUCCCUCCUCUUCUGAUAGUUGGGAAAAAGGAUGUGUGAUGUAUGCAAGGAGAGGAAGUGGCCAGGCAUGGUUGCAACCAUUAAUCCAUGGAGAUGUGAAGUUUGAGUGGCCAAAUUCUGCAAGAUUGAUCCAUGUUUCUUCCAUUGAUGAUCCAUCUCUUGCAACAUUUUGUGAACCCGUGGAGAAAACAAACUCAAACCAUGCCUUCACAGCAGGACUUGCUUCCAGCAUGGGGCUUAAAAAGCAGCCCUUGCGUGUCCAUAGCAUGGUCAAAUAUGCAGCUAUAGCUCGUGGAGAUGCUGAAAUCUUUAUGAAGUUUGCAAGGUCUGGGUACAAGGAGAAGAUAUGGGAUCAUGCUGCAGGUGUAGUCAUCGUAGAAGAGGCUGGCGGUGUGGUAACUGAUGCAGGAGGCCAUUCCCUGGACUUCUCAAGGGGACUAUAUUUAGAAGGCCUUGACCGGGGCAUUGUUGCUUGCUCUGGAUCAACCUUACAUGAGAAGCUCAUUGGGGCUGUUUAUGCUAGCUGGGAUUCUUCUCAUCUCUGAGACUUUCAUUAUCUUGCCAAUACACUGGUUCUGCAGUCUUUUGGUCAUUCAGGCAAGUACAAGCAAUUUGCUGGAACGGAUGCUGGUGGAAGCGGUCUGACACACAAAACAAUAACAGAUAAGUUCAACAUAAUUGACUGAACAUUUUGAGAAUAUAGUAACUUCCAUCAAGGCUUUUUGACACGCUUGAGCUCCAUCUUUAUGAUGCGUUGUGGUGUUUCUCAAUCUUCACAACGUUAUCCCUAGUGAACAUUUCCAACUGCUCCCCAUAUAAUUGGGAGAUCUGACUGAUUCUAUGUCUGUUCAAGCUCAUUAGCUGAUAUAUAUGACUUUUGGAUGCCUUAACUGAAAUUUUGAUUCCUUAGUUGCUUUAUAACCAAACACCAAGCUCUUCUAGGCUGUUGGCCCAUAAAAGCUCUUACAGGCUGAAGGUUCCUGGUCAGGCCCGUACGAAGUUGGGCUUGGGCUGGUGGAUGGCAAAGGGAGGUAAAAAAAAUAAGUAUCAUGCAAGGGGAUGAACAUCAUUGAUUACCUAUUAAAGCUUCAAAUAGAGGCUCAAAUAGACUUAAAAGGUCGGAAGGCCAAUAU